AAAUUCGUUGAAAGUUCACCAAUUUUUUUCAAAUUUAAUCAAUCAAUUUUCCAUAUUUCCAUUAUAAUUGCAAGGCAGGGAAUCCAUUCCCGAAAUCGUAUACAGUUAUUUUUCAUCCCAGCGUUUCUGCCAUGACUGUGAAAAACUGAACGAAACUAGCAGCAGAAUAUUUAGUAAUUAAAAAUAUGGCAGAAUAACACUAUAUCGUCUAUUUUUGUGUACAAUUCUUAAAGAUAUUUUCAUAGUUACAGACGAUUACUGUUGACAAUGAUACUUUUCUUGUUUGGGAUUCUGUUAAUGAAUCAAUCAAAAUGUCCGACAAGAAAUUACCUAACAAAGCAACCAAGCAAGAUUUCCGAAGAUAGAUUCGGGACUAUAUGAUGACAAAUCAGUUAGCCAAUUUUCCUCUGGACCUCCAAGGUCAUAUACCAAAUUCUAAAGGCAAUGCAGAGGCAGCAAAAAAAUUAUCCGAGUUGGAGAUAUUUAAAAAAGCCAAGAUUGUCAAGAUUAAUUCAAACAAACUGCAGGAAACCCUCAGAUUUUUAUGUCUGGAAGCAAACAAAGACAUUCUAGUCCCAAUCCGAAUAUGAAAAUUUGGCUUUCAACACAUCAUACCACCAAGUGGUUCUAGUAAAGAAGAGUUGAAAUUGCGCAAGGUUGGAGAUUGGGACAACCCUAUUUGUUUGGAUUCAAAGAUGAAGAUUGACCUGGUGGUCUUAGCUUUCGUAUGCGUCAGUCCGAAAGGCUACAGAAUUGGCGCAAGCAGAGGAUCUGGUCUCAAGUUCGCAGUGAUGUUGGAAAUGGGGGCAAUAAAUGAGGAUACUGUGGUUGUGACGACGGUUCAUGAUUGUCAAAUUAUGGACAAUCUACCUGAAGAAUUAUUUAAGCAACACAAUGUACUGGUAGACAUAAUUGUUACGCCUACUCAAACAAUAAUAGUCGAUCCGAAAUUUGUUAUUCGAAGGGAAUGAUAAUGAAAUAAAAAAAAGAUUAUUUGAUGCUAUCAAAACUUGAAUAAUUUAACUUUUGUUAUUUUUCUAUUGAGAUUUUCAUACUUAAUUUAUUAUACAUUGUUUUAUUCAAUUAAUUGUUCGUUCUAUGUAUACUGGAAAGUAUGAAAAAAACAUGAAUCGAUGUAUGACUACUCGGUAUGUAUUCAUGAUGCUAAUAAUAAUUUGGAAAAAUAAAAUGAAUAAAAAAAGUAUACAUUCAAAAA